GCAACAAGAUAUGAAUGGCGAGGUCUAGGUUUAGAGCGUGAGACGACGGGACAUGGGACGGCGACAACUCCAGACGACGGCAAAGGCAGCACCAGAUGACUGGGGAGUUUGGGAAUUGGAGACAGGGACAGUCGUUCUUCUUUUAUAAUUUCCCGGACAAUUGGUACGCAAAGGCAUUAUGGCAUCGUUUUCAAGAGUGUGGAAAGGUCAGUGAUGUGUUUGUGCUAGCAAAGAGGGACAAAUGGGGGAAAAGGUUCGGUUUCGUCAGAAUGAUAGGGGUGCAGGAUGUUCAACAACUGGAAGGGAGACUGAAUCAGAUCUGGAUCGGUUCUUAUAAACUGCGAGUCAAGGUAGCCAUCGACAGGGGGCAAAAUGGAAUAGAUUAUCAGAAGAAAGCCGAGAUGAAGGGUAGAAUCAGGGAGCAGAGUUUCGUCAAACCAAGGUGGUCAUAUGCUCAAGAGGUCAAGGGAUACACUUCGAGGAUAGUGGGUGCCCAGGUUUGGAGGAAAACAGUAGGGGUGCAGGAGAGAGCUGAUCCCGUGGACAGUGAGUCCAUCGCUCCAGGGAAGCCUUUGGGGCUUGAGGCUGCUAGAUCCGGUGAAAAGGUAGGUAGAGCUAUGGAUGGAGAAAUGAAGGAGAGUAUCAUAGAAUUCUUGCCAUCCGAAAAGGAGAAUAUGUGGUUGGAAGGGAGUGUUGUAGCGGUAGUGAGAUCGAUGUCAAUGAUAUCCAACAUACAAGAGAGAGUAGACAUCGAUGGAAGAUUGAUUAAUCUAUCUCCAGUAGGAGGGCGGAGUGUAUUGUUGACUGAACGUGUGGAAGGCUACUUGAGUGAGUAUAUACAGCAAAACAAGGAAUCAUUUGAUCUUUGGUGUGAGGUUAUCUAUCCUUGGGCUAUGGCUCCUUUGAAUAGUGGUAGAAUGGUCUGGUUGAGAAUUUCUGGUGUCCCAUUAAAAGCAUGGUGUGACAAAUGCUUUGAGCAGAUAGCAGCAUCGGUGGGGGAAGUGGUAAUGCUUCAUGCAGAUACCAAAUCAAAAUCUAUAUUGUGUGAUGGAAGAGUUUUAAUUUUAUGUGCUGAAAAGCACAAAAUCUCAAAGACCAUGAAGCUGAAGGUGGAGGAGAAGCUGUAUGAGAUAAUAGUGACGGAGGAAGAGUGGCGAGCCGAUCCGGACUGGUGGUUAGUGGAUGAUGAUCGAAACGAUGAGACUACAUUGGGAUCGGAAUAUUCCUCGUCGGAACACGGAGAGGAGGAGCCUGAAUUGAUGGCCUCCGCGAUUCGUGGCGAUGAUGAAGCUGAUAUUGAGGAUGAGUUAAUCGGGAUCCCAGGGGAUUUCAGGAAGAAAAACGCUGAGACCACACAGAUCACACAAAGCGCAGCAGCUGCAGGAGACACAGGAGCAGGGUGUUGGCUGUUCUUCGCUGUCGGAUGGGUGUAUAGCCAACCGAAACCAGGUGAUCCAAAAAGAGCUGAAUCUACAAGAGGGGAAGGUGCAGUAAGGGUAGGGGCGGUCGAGGGGGAGGGGGUAAUCUCUGGUAAUGGGUUCGUGCGGAUUAGAGGAGAAUGGGGACCUAAGAAGUUGAAGUGCAAUUUUGUGAAUGUUUAUGCCUCAAAUGACAAGAAAAAGAAAAUGAUUAUGUGGAAUGAACUUCGGCAAAUGAUAAUGGAAGAGGAAGGGAGAUGGAUGAUUGCAGGGGACUUUAAUGCAGUUAGGAGUCCUAACGAGAGGAAGGGUAGGACAGGGGAGACUCAGGAUAUGAGGGAGUUUGAUGAUUUUGUUGUGGCAAUUGGGUUGGUAGAUAUUCAUCUGGCAAAUAGACGUUUUACAUGGUAUCGCCCAGAUGGGUCGUCUAUGAGUCGUUUGGAUAUAGUCCUGAUGUCUGGUGAGAUGUACAGUUCGGGAAAGGGAUGGGUGCAGCAUGGAUUGAAGAGGAUUGUGUCUGAUCAUUGUCCGAUUAUGGUCAAAACAACAGUAGCUGAUUGGGGACCAAAACCAUUCCGAGUUUUGGAUGCUUGGCAGCAGCACCCGCAAUUCAAGAAGGUGAUUGAAGAUAAAUGGAAGGAGCUCGAGGAGGAAGGGUACGCGGCAUAUAGAUGUAAACAGAAGCUUAAGAGGUUGAAGGAAUUUUUAAAAGGAUGGAAUAAGGAAGUGUUCGGAGACAUGGAAGCACAUUUUCAACAUGUGGUCAAGAGUGUAGAACAAAUUGAUUUGAAGAAUGAAGUGAUGGAAUUGGCGGAGGAGGAGGUGGAUCUAAGAAAAGAAGGCUUCCAACAGGUAUGGGAUAUUUUGCGGAAUAGGGAGGCUAUUUGGAAGCAAAAAUCUAGAUGUGAUUGGGUUAAACUGGGGGAUCAGAACACGAGAUAUUUUCACAAAAGUGCAAAUGGGAGUAAGGCACAAAAUAGUAUCUCAGAAUUAUGGUCUAACGGACAGUGGGUAGAGGAUCCGGAGAUGGUUAAGGAUGAGAUGGUGGAGUACUUCUGCAAGAUGUUUCAAGAAGAAGCUUGGAACCGACCCAAACCUUCAAAUCUGGUUUUUUGGAGAAUUUCUAAAGAUCAGCAUGAGUGGCUUGAAAGGCCUUUUACUGAUGAGGAGAUUGAAGAAGGCUUGAAGAGUUGUGAAGGAAGUAAAGCUCCGGAACCUGACGGGUAUAACUUUAAUCUCCUUAAAUUCAUCUGGAGUAGUGUAAGAGAAGACUUUAUUGCUUAUUUCCGGGAUUUUCAUCAAAAUAGCAGGUUAGUGAGGGGUUUGAAUUCUUCCUUCCUUACAUUAAUCCCGAAGAAACUGAGCCCUAGGGAACUAAAAGACUUUAGGCCUAUUAGUUUAAUUGGCUGCAUGUAUAAGUUGCUAGCAAAGGUGUUAGCUAAUAGGCUUAAGGAUGUGAUGCCAGUGAUUAUUAGCGAAAUGCAAUCGGCCUUUGUAGGGGGAAGACAAUUGGUUGAUAGUGUUUUGGUUCAAAAUGAAGUUGUGGAUGAGGUUCGCAAGAGGAAGCAACCAGCUUUUGUCUUUAAGGCUGAUUUUCAAAAAGCAUAUAAUUGUGUUAAUUGGUCAUUUUUGGACUGGAUGUUGGGAGCGUUUGGCUUUGGCGAUAAAUGGAGGGGGUGGAUUAUGGAGUGUCUAUCAACUGCCAGGGUAUCGGUAUUGGUAAAUGGUAGUUCGACCAAGGAGUUUGAAAUAGGGAAAGGGCUCAGGCAAGGAGAUCCUUUGUCUCCUUUUUUAUUUUUGAUGGUUGGAGAGGCAUUGCAUGGACUGGUUAAAAAAGCAGAAAAUGAAGGCAUGUUACAAGGGGUAAAGGUGGGUAGGAGGGGGUUGGCGGUCUCUUUGUUACAAUUUGCAGAUGACACAGUUAUUUUGGGCAAGGCAAGCAAAGAAAAUAUCCUCAUGGUAAAAGCUAUUCUGAGGUUAGGGGAUGGAAGGGAGGGGUUGUGGAAAAGGGUAGUGAAAGAGAAAUAUUACGAGGGUAUGCAAGAGGUGGGUAUUAUAGAUGUGGCGAAUUUAAGGGUGUCGCAGAUUUGGGGCGACAUAAUUAGAAUAGGUGGGAAAUCUGAGAAGAUAAAAAAUUUGUUAAGGCAUGGGUUUCGGUGGGAGGUGGGGGAGGGAUGUCGGGUGUGCUUUUGGAGAGAUAUUUGGGUGGGGAAUAAAUCUCUUCGAGAUUUAUUUCCAAGGCUUUUUCAAUUAGCUAUCAACAAGGAAGGUACGGUAAAGGAGAAUGGAACAUGGGAAGGGGAAAGUUGGAAAUGGGGCAUAGAGUGGAGGAGAGAGAGGAUGGGUCGCGAAAAAGAUGAGGAGAAAGGGUUGGGGGUGGUGUUGGCGAGUAUAAAGUUAAGGAAGGGAUUGGCAGAUUUAUGGCAGUGGAGGUAUGAUGUAGAAGGGAGGUAUGUAGUAAAGACAGCAUAUGAAUUUUUAGCUCCUGAGGAUCGCUUGCUUGAGGGACAAUUAUGCAAAGUAAUAUGGUGUAAGUUGGUGCCUUCGAAAGUGGGGUUUUUUGGGUGGAGGUUGUGUCUAGAUAGACUUCCCACAAGAUGGAAUUUGCGGAAGAGAGGGGUGGUUUUACAAGGGGAUGGUAUGGUGUGUGGGCUUUGCAAAGAGGGUGUGGAGGAUGUUAAUCAUUUGUUUUGCACAUGUAAAGCAGCUUGGUUAGUAUGGGUGAAGGUGAUUAAGUGGUGGGGUGUGGAGGUAGUGAUGCCGGAUAUAGUGAGGGGUGUGGUGGAUUUUUUCCUGUGGUGUUUGGGUAGUGUGGGGGGUAAGGAGUUGGGAGCAUGCAUUUUUUUGGUCACCUCUUGGCUGAGGGUACGGCAAAGCGAGCAGACUUGUCACUUGCACAACAUGGACCCACUCACCGAAGAUGAGAUUAACAGAUUGAAGUUAUUGGAGGAAGCCGAUCCAGGUUCAACUCGAUCAAACAAGCCAUUAAUUCAGAAGAUUACGCAGAAAUUGACCUCGUGCUACAGUAGCGAGGAAUGCAGAGGAUAUUUCAAACCAACUUCUGUUGCGAUCGGUCCCCUCAACCAUCCAAAAGAGACUGACAAAGAUCCGAUAAUGGAGAGAGGGGAGCAGUCCAAGCUAAAAAUGGCGGCAAUGUUCAUCAAUUUUAGUGAGAGCACGAAGGAAAUUUUCUACAGGAAUGUCAAGAAGGAGCUAUAUAGCUUGAAGAACUGCUAUGACUCCAAGGAAGUAGAGAAUUGGAAUGAUGAGGAGUUGGCCUGGAUGUUCCUAGUGGAUGGCUGUGCAUUGUUGCAAUUCAUAGUCUUUGAUAUGAUGGAUUUGUGGCGGGAUUACACUUUUGACUUUGGUCUAGUCGACAUUGAGAAGGUUGAUCUUUUCUUACUUGAGAACCAACUGCCCUACCGGCUUCUUGAGAUAUUGAUAGACUCGUUCUUGGAAGUCUCAAGUGAAGAAUCAACAGAAAUUCCUAAGGAAAUCAAUUCUAAGUUAUUCAAGAAUUUGAUCACCGAAUUCGUCAAUAGGAGUUUCUUGAUUCUGACUGCGCAGCAACAACUCCAAAUUCAGGUUGAUUAUUCACAGCCUCAUCCUCCUCAUGAGCAACAACAACAAGAAGAAGACCCUCCUCAACAUCUUCUAGAGUUGUUGAGAAGAAGACUGAUUGGAGUCAAAUCGAAAGAGAAGAGUGAUGAGGAACAAAAAAGAAUUAACAAAGACGGUUUUUGGAAGACACUGACUGGUGAUACAAGCAAACAGUGGCCCUCAAUUCGCAACGUAAAGGAGCUGAAAGACAUGGGUAUUCGUUUUAAAGCGAGGGAAAAGGGAGGCGCCAUCACAGACAUUGAUUUCAAGGACCAUUGUUGCAUGCCAACCCUUACGCUGGCUCCCAUUUUUUUGCACAAUACCACCGUGCCAUUGUUGCUGAAUUUGAUAGCGUAUGAGCUGUGUCCAGAUUUCAAAGAAACUUGCAAGAUCACCUCGCACUUGUCAUUCCUCGACUCCUUGAUUGAUAAUGGGGAGAAUGUGAGGGAACUGACAGAUGCAGGCGUGCUGCAGAACGGAUUAGGAAGCGAUGAAGCUGUCGCGAACCUGUUCAACAGGGUCAGCGGCAUCCUGCUGUCAAAUCUUAAGAUAGACUUAGAAUUGAGACGUAAUAUCUAUGAAUACUGCAACAACAAAUCACACCCACGCUAUCUAUGUGCCAACGUCGUGGCUAAACUCACUGACACCUAUUUUAGCAGUCCUUGGAGCUUCUUGGUCUUCCUCGGUAUCUUAGCAGAUAUGGAGAGGAAAUUGAAUGAAAUAAGGUUAGGCUCUUAUCAUCUCAAGGCUAAAUUGGCUGACAAUAUGAGAAGAGGAAAGGAAGUGACAGCAUCGGUGGUGGCAGGGAAAUUUACAGGAAUUGAGGAAAGUGGGUCUUCAAUGAGUGGUAGUAGGCAAGAAGUGGUGCAAAACGAGAAGGAAGAGACAAGCAUUGAGCAGGAACAGGUUAGUUUCAAGGAGGCAGAGGGGGUCCUACAAUUGGCUUUAGAGUUUUCUCCCACAAAGGAUGAGAAUGCAUGGCUAAAGAGAAGCAUGGUGGCGGUGGGCCAAUCAUUAGACACGGAGUUUCUUAAUAGUAAUAAGGAAUUGGUGGAUUCGUGGUUUGAAUGGAUACAGCCAUGCUCAUUAUCUACUACUUCGGCAAGGCAUAGAUUGGUUUGGCUUCAUUUUUCAGGUGUACCUUUGAAGGCAUGGUGUGAGAGAUGUUUUGCAGAGUUAGAAUACAAGCCAAUCAUUACCCGAUGGGUGCAUCCAACACCGAAACUCUUAAAUUCAGCAACAAUUAGAACUGGAAGAGGUGCGCAAGCUGUUUAAAUUGGGGCAAAGAUUAGGGAUUCAGUGUCAACAGAAUGAGGAUGAGGUGUUGUCUAGGUUGAUGGCUUUGGAAGAGAGGGAUGCUGCCAAUUUCAAGGGAGUCUGAAUUUCUGAAUGUGAUAGGUUGAUCGUUCUUUGUGAGAAUUGUUUUAUGAAUUUUGAAAGUUAUUUCUUUAAAUGUUAGGGGUUUGGGUACUCUGUUAAAAAGGAAGGAGCUUUCAAAACUGGUUAGGAAAGAGAAGCCUGAUUUUCUAUUUAUUCAAGAGACUAAAUUAGAAAAGAUUGAGGGUUCUAUGUGUAAAUCUUUGUGGAAUUCAGAUGAUUUUGAAUGGGUAAUGCAAAAAUCAAUAGGUAAUUAUGGUGGUUUGUUGUGCAUUUGAAAUAAAAAGAGGUUUGUUAA